CAAAGUAAUUUUAAUGUGAAAUGUAGUAUUUUUUGGAAGCAUUCCACGGGAAAUCUAGACACCCGAGUAAAUUGGGUUUCAUAGGAAGAGUUGGGAGAUAUUUGGGCUAUGGCCACUGGGAAGACGGUUAUGUGUUCGCUGAGCCAGUUGCGUCCGCUAACAUGCGCAUCGACGUCAGCGUCACGAUUAGUGCCCCAGCCACCCGACCUCAUCAAGUGGGUAACCAGAGAAGGUGGCUUCGUGCACCGCGCCGUCAAGAUAACACAACUCGACUCCUCCAACGGACUGGGCCUGGUGGCCAAGGAAGAAAUUCCACGUGGCAGUGAUCUUAUUGUGCUGCCGCACCAUCUUCCCUUGCGCUUCACCUCUCUCCAACAAGACCCUUCUCUGCUCCAUCACUUGGCGCGCCAAGUCCCUGAGGAACUAUGGGCAAUGAAGCUGGGUUUGAAGCUUCUGCAAGAAAGGGCAAAAGUUGGAUCGUUCUGGUGGCCAUAUAUAAGUAAUCUCCCAGAAACAUACACCGUGCCUAUUUUCUUUUCCGGGGAGGACAUAAAGAACUUGCACUAUGCUCCUAUUCUUCAUCAGGUAAACAAAAGGUGUCGAUUUCUUCUUGAUUUUGAGCGAGAAGUAAAGCGUGCUUUGGUAAGUCUUACACCAGAUAAGCAUCCUUUUGGUGGUCAAGAAGUAGAUGCAUCUUCUCUUGGAUGGGCAAUGUCAGCAGUAUCAUCUAGAGCGUUUCGAUUGUAUGGUGAAAAGGAUCCCAAUGGGAUACGCAUUGACAUACCAAUGAUGCUCCCCCUAAUUGAUAUGUGCAAUCAUAGUUUCAAUCCGAAUGCUAGAAUUGUUCAAGAACAAGAUACCAGUAACUCAAGGAUGCAAGUGAAGGUUGUGGCCGAGACAGCAAUCAAAGAAGAUGAUCCUCUGUUACUUUGCUAUGGAUGUUUAAACAAUGAUCUUUUCCUUCUUGAUUAUGGAUUUGUGAUGCACUCAAACCCUUAUGAUUGUAUUGAGCUCAAAUAUGAUGGUGCUCUUUUGGAUGCUGCAAGCACGGCAGCUGGAGUUUCUUCACCAAACUUCUCAGCACCUGUUCCAUGGCAGGAACUGAUCUUAUCUCAGCUGAAUCUAGCUGGAGAAACUGCAGAUCUCAAGGUGAGCUUAGGUGGUCAAGAAACAGUAGAGGCCCGCUUGUUGGCUGCAUUGAGGGUACUUCUUUCAAGUAAUGUGGAAACUGUGCAGAAGUAUGACCUCAGCACACUCCAGUCUUUAGAUGCCGAGGCUCCUCUAGGUGUUGCAAAUGAGAUAGCUGUGUUUCGCACCCUAAUUGCUUUGUGUGUCAUUGCACUGGGACACUUUCCCACCAAAAUAAUGGAUGAUGAAUCACUGUUGAAGCAGGGUGCUUCAGGUUCAACCGAGUUAGCUAUUCAGUACAGAAUCCAAAAGAAAUCUGUGAUUAUAGACGUAAUGAGAAAUAUCUCAAGGAGGUUAAAGCUUCUAUCAUCAAAGGAAACAGCAACCGCAGAAGGCUAAGUUAUAGUUAACAAUUAGUAAUUAUUUGCUUGCUGUCAUGAAUCUCCUUCCUUCGACAUUUUAUUCUCCAUCUUACUGGAGAGUAUAAUUUUGAUUGAAAUUACCUGUGUUUUCACCAUUUGGCAAUCUUCUAUUGAACUAUAAACAGUGAUAUAUUUUUUUUCAGUUGGUCAUUAUGAAAACUUCAUAAUUUAACUUGUA